AUGGGCAACAUUCAGCCCGAAGUUCACAGAGCCCCAGAAACACUCAUGCAAUUCGAAAGUUAUAGCAGUGCGGUUGAUAUCUGGAAUGUGGGCUGUGUGUUAUGGGAUAUGCUUGAGGUAGAGCAUCUAUUCGAUGGCCGUGAUGAAGAUGGUCAGCACAACAAUCGAGUCCAUAUGCAUGAGAUCGUCAGUCUGCUCGGCAAUCCGCCAACAGAACUCUUGCGGCGAAGUCCGCAGACGUGGCGGCUGUUUGACGAGUCGGGUAUUUACCAACCGUCUCAAUACGUGUCUUGUGCCGUCGCUAAUCUCGACGUAACAGGUCAAUGGGGCGCAAAGCCAGCCAUUGAUCAUACGUCACUAGAGGACGGGAUGAAGAACGUUGCUCUUCAAAAGAAGACGCAAGUCAUUCAAAUUCUGGCUAAUAUGCUUCGCUGGCUGCCAGAGAAAAAAGCGACUGCCAGAGAACUGCUGGAGCAUCCUUGGAUGCAGGAUGAUCGACCACGCUCUGGAUUUGAGAAGAUUGAGCAUUUUAUAUCCGCUGAACAAUGGGACAUCGGUCUGUGUUGA